CGCAUACAUCCAAGAAAGGUUGAGUGGGAGUCUCCGGAUGAGUGGCAGAGGUGGCCCGAGCGAGAGUGAGGGUCGGAGAGCUGCAUACAUACUCAAACAGGAAACUGGUCAUCCGACAAGAAAGCAGUACAUGUACCCAAAAAAGAAAGCUGGAUCCACAAGACAUCGACGAAGAAGAAGAUGAAAGACUCCAUCCUCAACGUCAGCAAAGCAUUCGACCUUCUCUUCCACGACGAUCUCAAUGGGGCCAGGGUCUUACUCCAACAACAGACUCAGUCAGACCAGCCCUAUCACCAUGUCGCACUGGCACUAAUCACCUUCAUCGAGGCGGUCUUGUCCAUGGAGGAACAGAUGAUCGCAAAGGCUUUAGAAUCCUUACUCAAAUCGGAAGAAGCUGUCAAACAAGCUAAGAAUGCUCUCGUCUCGACUGGCUCAACCGACUCUAAUCAGGCUAUCGCUCAACAUUGGUGGAUACCAGGCUUGGAGUACGAUAUCUUACUGGCCGACCUCAUGAUCUUUCAAGCAAUCCUUCACUUUUUGGCCGAGACGAUUUCAGAUGGAAUGAAAGGAAUUUACAAGAUCACGAAAGCCUACAAGAUAUUCUCGAGUUCGCAUCAAGCGGUAUUCUCCGAGCUCCAAGCGACGAAUCCGAUCUCGAGUCUGACGUCACAUGCGGAUGAGGAGCCAGGCAUCGAGCCCUUCCAAGCGACGAUCCAGGCGUUAUACGCGAAGCCGAAACCGCAUCCCUCGACGCUGAUGGGCUCGUCGUAUUUCAGUGGGUUCAGUCUAAGUUUAUACAAGCGAAAGAAGCCCGGUCCUGGUCCGUCAGAGGGCGCGACACCCAAGUAUAAAGCCUGGACAGACGACCCGAUCGCUAGUCUGGUCAUAGGUGGUGCGGCCUUCGGAUACGGUCUCUUCGGCCUCAUCCUCAGCUUCCUGCCGCCUAAGGUCAAGAAACUUUUGUCUUGGGUCGGCCUCAACGGGCCAAAUACUAUCGACAGAACCGAGACCAUCCUCGAACGCAAUCGUUGUCUCCGGUGGCUUAAUUUCUCUCAUGCCUCUUGUCACUGGGAAAUGCAUGGGAAACUGGCUAGUUUGGCUCUGCUCACCUAUCGCUCUGCUAUGCUCAAGGCUGUCGGAUGGCUUGCAGCCCGAGAUCGAUCUCUCCAAGCUUAUGAAACUUUAGUCGACUCACUAUCUCAUAAAACCCCGACGAUUGAGGAGAGUGAACAGGGAGCACUAUGGAUCCUUCAUCGCUCGAAACUACUAGUAAUGAAAGGACAGGCCGAAGAUGCGAAAAGACUGAUCUCCACUCGACUCCAUCCUACCCCUCAUCCGAACGAGCCCAAGAAUUCUUCUUCUCUCCCCCCGAAAUUCCAACAUGCCGUCGGACUCUUGUAUUACGAAUAUGCACUCAUUUGCGUCAGGUUGGCUGAUUGGUCUUCUGCUGGUGAAGCUUUCUUAUCCAUGAAAAAGGAAAACGCUUGGUCACACGUGACGUACCAAUUUGCUGCCUUGGGGUGUUUCUUGUUGGUGGAGAAUCGAACGGACAAAUUGCAGAAAAAAAUUGACGAUUUAUUUGUAGAGCUUCCUAAUUUAUUCAGCAAGAAGAAAACAAUGGGUCGGGAAAUGCCGCCACAUGAAUUGUUGGUCACGCGUAAGCUGGCAGAGUAUAAGGCCAAACAUGCCGAUCUGGUACUCAAGGGUUCCAUCCGGACUGAUCGAGCAGAAUGUUAUUGGGAUUCGAUUCAGAUCAGUCCGAUUGAAGAGCUUGGAUUAUUGAUGGCCAUUUACGAUGAAUCUCCAAAGACGACUUUAGUUUCUGGUAUCCGACGGUUGUCCGGCCUGAGCCCUCCGGUCGAACUAGAUCCCAAGGCUAUCCCGGCCGAUAAGACCGUCGACCAGGUUGAGAAAAAAGAGGAAGAUCCAGGCCUGUCGGAAGAAGAAAAGAUGAGCCGACUGAAGCUCAACGAUUCCCGCAAGCAGAAGGACAAGGAGGCCGCGGUGAUCAGCUUGUCGAAAGAAGAACAGUGUAUGCGCGACUUAUUGUUGGCCGUCCAGUUCCUUAACCUCGGUCAAUUCGACCAGUCUCGUCAAUUCUUGAAUAACAUCCUUCGCACAAAUCCAUCUUCUUCAUCAACACCCCAAGAACCAUCGCAACCAGACUCUCUCGGCGGUAACAUGGACUACAAUUAUAUCUCUGCUAUGAUCUGUAAAGCGUUGGUCGAACUCAACGAACUCGACCGAUUGUUGUUGGCAGGUCCAUCAGCAGCCUUGUCUUCGGCUGAUCAACCUGGGCAACCCCCUCUAGAUCAGAACAUCUCAAUCGCCGAGAAACUUGUGGAUGGCAAAGCUCCCCUUAGCGGCCUUACUCCGCAUUCAAAGAGUGCCGAUAAAGACGAGCAACAGAGAUUUGUCGAUCUCUGUUUCUCGAAACUUCGGGGCGCUGAUUCGAUCUUGAAUUCUAUCCUCGAGUUACCCGAAAGCUAUCCCAUGAGAGGUAGAACUGAAUCUAAAAUCCAACUGCUCAAAGACGAAAUUAAUGAGAAGAUUGACUCGUUAAACAUUCUCUUCAAACUUAACCCUGCCAAGUGAAUAUCUCAACGAAUUCGACGUAUAUUUUUUUCAUUAUAGAAGAUAGAAGAUCAGCCACUUAGAGAAAAGACUCAAGAAUAAAUUAGAGUUUUUUUCUGGGGUGUUUCAUGAAACCCACGCAUUGUGAUCAUCAACCCUAGUCAAACCAGCACCGCUUAUGAAUAUAAUCUCAGUCGUUUGUAAACAGGAAUGUUGACGUAAAAUAGGGAAAUACGAGAGUUGUUUAGAUAAAUUUUCUCAUCAUCAUCUAGCUACAUUAUGUUUUGUAACAUUAAACACUUCCUUCUACAUACGUCUCUUCAUUUCCCUUUUUUCGAUUUGAUUGAUUGUUUUAGUUUGAAUUCUUUUUGUAGUUCAUUGUUGUACCAUUUGCUUCAGGAUUUAUCCAUCUCGUUUGGUUCUACUAACAUCCACAUGUGUGUGGUAUGUUGUGCGCGAUUGUUUUUUGUCUAUAUCUAGAACAUCGUUGAAGAGAUAAUCAUGUUAUGUUUGAUUAGGAUUGUAAUGAUUACGUUUUUUUGUUUAUUUCUUUUUCUAUAUUGAUUCCAAGCCUGAUCCAGUUCUUGGUGCAAUUUUAUUAUAAUUGAGUGUGAGGAUUUCACG